AUUAUUAUUGUUAUUAAUAUAAAUUUCGGAGUGUAUUUAAACCUCGGCGGGUCUCCGCGUCAUGUCCCGCGCUGUGAGCGGAGGUUAUUAGCCGUGUUAGAGUGAGUGUUGAGGUGACAGGAGGUGACAGGAGGUGACAUGGCCCCCAGGAGGACCUACAUCAGUGUGUGUUACUCCUGUGUCGGGCUGAUGUUCGGCCUCUCGGCCUUCAUGGUCUGGAACAUCGUCUACACACAGCCCUGGACCUCCGCCAUGGGGGGGCUCUCAGGGGUGUUGGCGCUCUGGAGUCUCGUCACACACAUCAUGUACCUGCAGGACUACUGGAGAACGUGGCUAAAGGGUCUGAAGUUCUUCAUGGCGGUGGGCGUGUUCUUCUCCGUGCUCUCCAUCGUCGCCUUCAUCACCUUCCUGUGCGUGGCCAUCUCACGGAAAGAGUCACUGAAGGAUCCUCGGAGCCUGUACCUGUCGUGUGUGUGGAGCUUCAUGAGUCUGAAGUGGGCGUUUCUCCUGAGCCUGUACUCACGCCGAUAUCACAAAGAGUUCGCCGACAUCGCCAUCCUUAGCGACUUCUAACACACACACACACGUCCACACAUACACACGUCCACACACACACACACACACACACACACACGUGUCCACACACACACACGU